UGUUCUUUACUAUGACAACAACACACAACCCUCCAUAUAUAGUUGCAGCUUCAAAAUCCUCUCCACCCUUAGAAAAACACGCUCAGAGAGAGAGAGAGAGAGAGAGGUUGAGCUCCAAUGGCGGCUGUGUCGUUGCAGAGAUCGGUGACAUCGUUCAGGAGGCAGGGCUCGUCCGGCUUAGUGUGGGACGAGAAGUUGUUCUCCAGCGAGGUUAACGUGAUCAUGAAGAAACCCAACGGAGAGGAAGAUAUUAAUAAUAACAGCAAGCAUGAUCGGCUCAGGCAAUCACAUAGUGAUGGCUCGGCCCGGAUGAUGCAGUCACAGUGUCCGACCGGGGUCGUUGGGACAAGAAACCAGCUUCCACCGCGGUGCCCAAAAGCAGCUACCGUUUCGCCACGGGUCAGUACUGCUAAUAAGACGCUGCCACCGUCUCCGAAGAGGAUUGGUGGGUGCGGGUUUUGCGGGAUUUUCGGUAGAUCACCAGUGGCUAAGAAGAGCCAAGCCAACCAAACAAGAAGCUCGGCAAACAAGCGCAGGUCAUGAGUUGUGGUCUAUAUAUUUAAGAACUGAUCUCUUGAAUGUAUAAUUCAUGUGUUCAAUUGCUUCCUUAGUUGCCGAUGUGUUGCAAUUAGAUGCAUGAUGUAAGGAAUUUACACAUACGGGCAGCUAGUUAUAUCGUGAUUACAUUCGACAGUCCGCUGUUAUUAGAAUGCAAAGUCCUCUUUCUAUUGCUUAUAUAUAUGCUUACCUUGCUUAGUGCAACAAGUACGACCCUUAUGUCCUAUUGAUCGCUAUUCAUAUUG